CAUAUUGAAGAAGCAGCUCAUUGGAUUAUGGUAGAACAAACAAGCCAGCUUAAUGAAUAUUUAGGGGAAUAUUUAGAAAAUUUAAAGAAGAUUGAAGAAACGUCGCAAGAUUCCAAAAAAUUACCUCAGAGUUAUUCAAAAUUAUAA